AUGCGUACGAAAACACUGGAAAUUCGCUGGCACAAUCAGCUACCAAUAUAUAGUAUGGAUUUACAGCCAAAUUCCCCAUUGGGUGUUUAUAAGUUGGCAACUGCAGGUGCAGACCAUCAAGUUAGACUCUGGCUUAUCCAUCCACACCAAAAUAUUCGUGACAGCGGCGAUUCUAUCAUACAAAACCCACACCAGCCACGCGCCGAGUAUUUGUGUACUCUGAGUAGACACACUAACCCCGUUAACGUUGUCAGAUUCUGUCCCAAAGGCGAGACACUGGCUUCUGCAGGCGAUGAUGGAAACGUUCUUCUUUGGAUACCCAGCGAUCAAAACACGGCUUCUUAUGGUGAAUCCUCCACUGAAGACCUUCAAUUCGAAAAAGAGUUUUGGCGCGUGAGGAUUAUGGCCAGGUGCGCUAGAGACGCUGAAGUUUACGAUAUCGCUUGGAGUCCCACUGGUGAACAUUUCGUUGCUGGUAGCACUGAUAACACUGCACGCAUCUUCUCAGCCAUCGAUGGCGUCUGUCUGUAUCAGAUUACCGAACAUUCUCAUUACGUGCAGGGCGUUAGUUGGGAUCCUUUUGGCGCUCUCCUCGCCACACAAUCCUCUGACCGUACACUCAACGUUCAUGCUGUGAAGAAUGCUCCUAAUGGUCUUUCACUCACUUCCCUAUCCAAGUUCUCUAAAUCGGACAUGCACGCACACACUCCGACGAAGAAAAACACUCAACCCGUUAGAAGGAAAGCUAGUGCAGGUAGUUUCGUCAGUGAUACCAGCCAGGAUAAGGAGAGGGAGAAGGAAAAGGAGAGUGGGUUGCUCACCCCCACGCACACUCCUAUGCAGCCACCAUCGCGUCGAUCGAGUUUGUCGCAGUCACAAUCACAAUCACAAUCACAGUCACAGUCUAAUAUACCAUCAAACACCUCUUCACCACUUACACCCAUCAGGCGCACGCCAUCCCCCCUUCCAGCUAUCAAACCGCCUACAAAACACAAACUCAACGAACGCAUCAGCUAUGGCGAUGAGAGCUUCACGCAGUUCUUUAGGAGGCUCUCUUUUUCUCCUGACGGAAGUAUUCUCGUCACUCCCUCCGCACAGUGCGACGACAUACCUAGCGAUACCAACGACGGACGAAAGAAGACUGUAUCCAAAUCUUCGGUGUUAAUAUACGGACGCAAUAACCUCAGCACUCCACUCGCCGUACUCCCAGGCUAUAAAUCACCCACUGUCGGUGUGCGUUUCAAUCCCAUUCUAUUCAAUCUACGUGACAGGACUGAGAAACCGGCUUUCGAGUUGCCAUACAGAAUGGUAUAUGCCGUAGUAAGUAAGGAGAGUGUUAUCUUAUACGAUACUCAGCAACUAUCACCAAUUUCUAUUUUGUCUAAUUUACAUUGGGCGGCGUUUACAGAUGUGUCAUGGUCACCUGAUGGCCAAUGUCUCAUGUUGGCUAGUCUAGAUGGAUACUGCUCUAUCGUGGUGUUUGAUCCUUACGAGCUGGGCACGCCGUACCGCGAGCAGCAGCACCAGUUACAGAUGAGCGCCAUUGCGGAGGGUGUUCAGGGUUUACAGGGUGUACAGGGUAUGCAGCCUACAAACAAUUCAGCUAAUUCAAAUGCCUCAGCCUCCGCUUCCUCCAUCACCGCUCCCUCCACCACUGCUCCCCCCACAACGGUAAAUCAACUCCCGGUAAAAAAGAAGAGAAGAGUGGAGCUGACAAAGAUCGAGUAA